GAGGACCCGUACGAGCGGGAGCGCAACCUGCACUGCGUGCUGGGGGACCUGCAGGAGCUCAGGCUGCAGCAGGCGCUGGGCGAGGCCUGGACGGCCAUGGAGAUGGGGCUGCUCCCCGAGGGGCUGAGGCCUCUGCCGGCUGGUGCCGCCAGGCGCAAGAAGGUAGACGGCAAGCCGAAGGCGGCCGAGAGGGGCCAGGCCGGCGCGGAGGGCGUGGCCGGCCAGAAGGGCGAGGACCCCCCGGUGUCCGCGGCAGGGCCCCUCAGCUCGUGCAGCACGGCCGACCAGAGCGGCAGCGAGCUGCCCGAGCGGGCGGACCAUUCGCAGCACAGCGACCUCGAGGGGCCGGGCGACGCGCCUGGGUGUUCGCAGCGACGAGAAGUGGAGCCGGAGCCGCUGCAGGACCUCUACGCGAGGAGUACGAGCGCGGCGAGCGCGCGCAUCACCGAGCGAGUUGCCGGGCUCUGCAAGACGGGCGGCGGCGUGCCUUGUGCGCCUGCUGCGGUGCGGAGC